AUGCGUCCGGGGGAAGGCUGCCCAGCGGAGGACCUGCAGCAGCCGCUGGUUCUGGAGCGGCUGGAGAAAGAAAGGGAUGAAAAAUGGCAAACGCUUGUGUCCCGCCGGCUAAAGAAGCACUGCUCCUGCACCCCCAAGAAGCUGAAAUCCCAGAUCCUGGGCUUUGUCCCCAUCCUGAGGUGGCUGCCGCGGUACCAGGUGCGGGACUGGCUGCUGGGGGACGUGAUGUCGGGACUCAUCGUGGGAAUCCUGCUGGUGCCCCAGUCCAUCGCCUACUCCCUCCUGGCCAGCCAGGACCCCAUCUACGGGCUCUACACCUCCUUCUUCGCCUCCAUCAUCUACGCCCUGCUGGGCUCCUCCAGGCACAUCUCCGUGGGCAUCUUCGGGGUGCUGUGCCUGCUGGUGGGCCAGGUGGUGGACCGGGAGCUGGCCCUGGCCGGGUACCCCCCGGAGGACAGUAGUGGGAACAGCAGCGUUCUCAUGGGCCUUCUGCAGGUUGGCUUUGUCUCCGUCUACCUCUCAGACUCGCUUCUCAGCGGCUUCGCGACGGGAGCCUCCCUGACGAUCCUCACCUCCCAAAUCAAGUACCUCCUGGGCCUGAAGAUUCCCCGGCCCCAAGGCUGGUUCUCGCUCUUUAAGACCUGGUACAGCCUGCUGGCCAACCUGGGCAGCACCAACCUUUGUGACCUCAUCACCAGUUUGGUGUGUUUGGCCGUACUGAUCCCAUCCAAGGAGCUAAAUGACCGCUUCAAAUCUAAAUUAAAGGCUCCCAUCCCCUUCGAGCUGUUCGUGGUGAUCCUGGCCGCGCUGGCGUCUCAUUUCGGGGGCUUCCACACUGAGUUCGGCUCGGGGGUGGCGGGCGACAUCCCCACCGGGUUCCUGCCCCCGCAGCUGCCGCUGUGGUCGCUCAUCCCCAGCGUGGCGCUGGACGCCUUCUCCAUCGCCAUCGUGGGCUUCGCCAUCACGGUGUCGCUGUCGGAGAUGUUCGCCAAGAAGCACGGCUACACGGUGGACGCCAACCAGGAGAUGUACGCCCUCGGCUUCUGCAACAUCCUGCCCUCCUUCUUCCGCUGCUUCACCACCAGCGCCGCGCUGAUGAAGACGCUGGUGAAGGAGUCCACGGGCUGCCAGACGCAGGUGUCGGGGCUGGUCUCCGCCCUGGUGCUGCUGCUGGUGCUGCUGCUCAUCGCCCCGCUCUUCUACUCCCUCCAGAAGUAA